UGCUGGCGCGCGGCUCGGGGCGGCUGCGGAGAGCUGCGCGCCUGGUCCCCGCGCUGCGCAGCCGGGCGCAUCUGCCGGCCGCCUGGCACAGCUGUCGCCGAGCAGAGCCGCGGGCUGGGGCGCGGUCCGGUGGCGAGGGGCGGCCCCUGGCUGGGGACCGGGCUGGCUGCGGCGCUGGCAGGGUUGGCCGGGCUGGCCGCCGCCGCCUUCGGGCACGUGCAGCGGGCGGAGAUGGUGCCUAAGAGCUCCGGCGUGCGGGGCCCUUCGCCUGGGAGGCCGGAAGAGGAGGACGAGCUGGCCCGUCGCUGCGCUUGCUUCAUGGCCGCGCCGGUGACCGACUUGCGCGAGCUGCGGAGGAGGCCAGGGGACAUGAAGACCAAGAUGGAGCUGCUGAUUAUGGAAACCCAGGCCCAGGUGUGCCAGGCGCUGGCCCAGGUAGAUGGGGGCGCCAGCUUCUCUGUGGACCGGUGGGAGAGGAAAGAAG